UACGGAAUUUUUUUUGCACAGAAUAACUGUAGUUGCCUCAUCACGUAGCACGGCGCGUGGCAAAUCGAAGUAUCAGCUGUCCCCUCCCCCCGGUUUCAGGCAGGUUCAGGCCCCACGAGCGCGCUACACCAUCCCCCACGACGCUUUCACCAUUUUCGCACGCCCACACAAAGCACGCAGAACGUAAAGUAGAGUACGUGCGUACAUAGGUCGAGUGGAAAGAAUCGGAGCAGCAGCGCAGUCAGCAAGAUGCAACAGAACGCGGCCAGCAACCCGUUUUCGAUGGCCACCUACGUGGACCGGCCGCAGAUGGGGCUGGAUGUGGAAUUCGGCGCCGAUCCGGCCAGCGGGGCAGCCUUCUUCCAGACCGAUGGCCGCAAGCACGAUGACCUGAAACAGAUGCUAGACAGCAACAAGGACGGCCUCAAGCUGGAGGCCAUGAAGCGUAUCAUUGGCAUGAUUGCGCGUGGUCGCGACGCCAGCGACCUCUUUCCGGCCGUCGUCAAGAACGUCGUCUCGAAAAACAUCGAAGUGAAGAAGCUCGUCUACGUCUACCUGGUGCGCUAUGCCGAGGAGCAGCAGGACCUUGCCCUGCUCUCCAUCUCCACAUUCCAGCGUGCCCUUAAAGACCCCAAUCAGCUGAUCAGAGCCUCGGCCCUGCGAGUGCUCUCCUCCAUUCGGGUCAGCAUGAUAGUGCCGAUUGUGAUGCUGGCCAUACGCGACAGCGCCGCCGAUCUGAGUCCGUAUGUCCGCAAAACAGCUGCCCAUGCCAUACCAAAACUCUACUCCCUGGAUGCCGAUCAAAAGGACGAGCUGGUCAUGGUGAUCGAGAAGCUGCUCUCGGACCGCACCACGCUGGUGGUGGGGUCAGCGGUGAUGGCCUUCGACGAGGUCUGUCCGGAACGCGUAGAUCUCAUACACAAGAACUAUCGCAAGCUCUGCAAUCUUCUGGUGGACGUGGACGAGUGGGGUCAGGUGAUAAUCAUCAAUAUGCUCACCCGCUAUGCCCGCACACAGUUCGUCGAUCCUAAUGCCGAUGAGGAGCUGCUCGACGGGGCCAGCGAGGCGCCACACAAUGAGAGAUUCUACGACGAGUCAUCCAACAACUCCAACUCUUCCAACAGCGAUGAAGCCUCCAGUGAUGACGAGAAGACCAAAUCGCGCCCUGCAAACAGCAGCAGCAACAACGGAGGAACUCCCAGCUCCCCGAGCAGCAGCUAUCACAUCGAUGUGGACCAUCGUCUGCUGCUGCGCCAAACGAAGCCGCUGCUUCAAUCGCGCAAUGCCUCUGUGGUGAUGGCCGUGGCUCAGCUCUACCAUCACGUGGCCCCCCGCAACGAGGUGCAGUUGAUAGCCAAGGCACUCAUUCGUCUGCUGCGCUCCCACAAGGAGGUGCAGAGCGUGGUACUCAACUGCAUCGCCUCGAUGUCCACCAAGCGCAAGGCAAUCUUUGAGCCCCAUUUGAAGUCGUUCUUUGUGCGCACCAGCGAUCCCACGCACCUCAAGCUCCUCAAGCUGGACAUACUGACCAAUCUGGCGUCGGCGUCCAGCAUCUCCCUGAUCCUACGCGAAUUCCAGACGUACAUCUCUAGCAGCGACCGCUCCUUUGUGGCUGCCACCAUACAGGCCAUCGGCCGUUGUGCGGCUAGCAUUAAGGAGGUAACCGAGACAUGUCUCAGCGGCCUGGUGCAUCUGCUAUCCAAUCACGAUGAGCAUGUGGUUGCCGAGAGUGUGGUGGUAAUCAAGCGACUGCUGCAGACAAAGGCCGCCGAACACUUUGAGAUUAUCACACAAAUGGCCAAGCUGAUCGAUUACAUCAAUGUGCCUGCGGCAAGGGCCGCCAUCAUUUGGCUGAUUGGCGAAUACAACGAAAAGGUACCGCUGAUUGCGCCUGAUGUGCUGCGCAAGAUGGCCAAGUCGUUUGUGGACGAGCAGGAUGUGGUCAAGCUGCAGGUGUUAAAUCUGGGCGUGAAGCUCUAUCUGACCAAUCCGCAGCAGACGUCGCUGCUGUGCCAGUACGUCUUUACGCUGGCCCGCUACGAUAACAACUACGAUGUGCGCGAUCGGGCCCGUUUCCUGCGCCAGUUCAUCUUCCCGGCCAACGGCGCCAGCACCGUUCUCACGCAGAGCGCCCGCCAGGUUUUUCUGGCCAGCAAGCCGGCCCCCGUGCCGGAGAGCAAGUACCGUGAUACCAACAACUUUCAGCUGGGCUCGCUCUCACACUAUCUGAAUAUGCCGGCCACUGGAUACAAGGAGCUGCCUACGUUCCCUGCCCUGGCGCCCGACUCGAGUGUGCGCAACAUCCCUGGCUUUGUGCAGGAGAAGCUGCCCAACGAGAGUUCCCCGCUUUCGCACUCCAAGUCCGCCUCGGGCGGUAGCUCUCAGGGCGGCAGCAAAGAACCGCGCGAGAAGGGCUUCCUUUCCGAGUCGGAGGACAAGUCCUCGGCAUAUUCCGAGUCCAGUAGCGGUAGCGGCACUAGUGACAGUGCCUCCAACAGCGAGGAAAGCGAAAGCAGCGACGAGGAACAGCAGCAGAAGCCUAAGCCGAAGCCGAAACUGGUCAACAGUGAGCCCAAAAAGACGACAGCCGUGGAAAAGGAGUCGACAAUGCUGAUCGAUGCAGGCAACAAUGAAGUGGACCCCAUUACCACGACGACCAGCAACAACAUGAAUAUUAACAACAGAAGUGCUGCUGGCGAUUCAGGAACCUCGGACAGCGGGGAAUCCUCAUCGUACAGCGGCAGCAGCAGCGGCAGCGAUACGGGCAGCGAAAAUGAACAGGAAGAGCCCAAGAAGGAGGAGAAGCAGCAGCAGGAGCAGCAACCAUCGAAGGCGACUCUAGAGACAACAACAGCUGCCAAGCAGCAAAAAAGCAAUCUGGAUUUGUUACUCGAUCUAGAUGACAUUCCGCCCAUUGGUCCCGUGAUGACGCCCUCGCUGGGUGGCUUCCUGACGCCGGGUACCCCCUUGAUCGGCGGCCAGGCUGCCCCUUUGCAGCCGCAGCAUGCCCGUAAUCGGAUCGAGUUGGUCGGACCGUCGCACAUCGAGUUCAAGCACAAGGAGCUACUCAACAAGGUGAGCGGCCAUGGUCUGCAGUUGGCCUACCGCUUUACGCGUGCCCCCCACCUGUACUCCUCGAGCAUGUGCUCCAUUGAGUUGCAGUUCCACAAUCGCGGCGAGAAGGAGAUCGCCAGCAUCCGCCUGGGCCAGCAGACGCUGCCAGCGGGUAUGCAGCUUAACGAAUUUAAUCCCGUGACGAUGCUGCAGCCGCAGCAAAUGGCCAGUGGCAUCCUGGGUGUGGACUUCAAUGAUUCCACCCAUGCCAUUGACUUGGAGCUGCUGUCCAGCGCUGGCAGCUCGCGGGUUCAGCUGAAGCCGCCGGUGGGAGAACUGGUGAGGGCCGUCCAGAUUGGGGAGAGCUGCCAUCGCGAGGAGCGCGCCAAGCUGCGGGGCAUGAACGAGCAUCAGUGCGAGCUGCGCGGCAUGCAGCGGGAGAUGGUCGAUGUGGCAGCGCUGAAGCAAAAAGUCUUCGAGUGCAUCAAUGUGGCCCACACGCACAGCUCGCCCACCGCCCAAGUGCACUGCUUUGCGGGCCAGACGCUCAGCUCGAAGAGCCUCGUCCUGCUCACCCUCCAAUGGCAGACGGACGAGGCCCUCACACUGCUGGUCAACUGCGAGAAGAUGGUCAUCGGCUCCAUGGUGCUCAACGAGCUCCGAAACGCGCUCCAGCUUAGCUUUGCCAUGUGAGCAGCAGCGUCUAGCACUAGAAUGAGCGAGACGGCGAUAAGAAAGCGCGCCCAGAAGGGCAAUCGAGAACAAAUGAUGAAAGCCUCUC